GUACGAGACUAUUCUUCAUGGAUGAUUAGUUGUGGUUGGUUACACGUAAUUACAAAUUACAGCUGAAUAUUAUUUGAGGUUUUGUGUUUACUAAUUUUGAGGAACACAAGAAGAAAGAACUGUGAAGGUGUGGGUAAUUUUUAACGUGAUAUAACAUGUUCAAGAAGUUUGAUGAAAAGGAACAUGUUUCUGGUCUUACCCAGUUAAAAUCUUCUGUGCAAAAGUCUAUCAAGAACAAGAUUGUGGACCAGUUUCCUUACAUUGAGGACUACAUUAACCAAAUUUUGCCCAAGAAAGAAUCUCUUAGAAUUGUUAAAUGCCAUGAUCAUAUAGAAGUUUUAGUGGGAGCUGGUGGAGAGCUUCUAUUUUUUCGACAGAGGGAGGGACCAUAUUACCCAACACUUCGGCUGCUUCACAAAUAUCCUUUCAUCUGCCCCUGGCAGCAAGUUGAUAAAGGUGCAAUCCGUUUUGUUCUCAGUGGUGCCAAUAUCAUGUGUCCUGGAUUAACUUCACCAGGGGCAAAAAUGAUCCAGGUUCCACAAGGAACAGUUGUUGCUGUCAUGGCUGAAGGAAAGAAGCAUGCUUUAGCUGUUGGUCUCAUGUCUAAAUCUGCUGAAGAAAUAGAAAAAGUUAACAAAGGUGUUGGGAUAGAGAACAUUCAUUAUUUAAAUGAUGGACUGUGGCAUAUGAAGCCUGUGAAAUGAAAGAAGAUAUAUAUAUAUAUAUAUAUAUAAUCAACUUUAAUGGUGUAGACUGAGAAACGAAACAAUUUGUUUUUGUCAAAAGCAGUAAAUGAUUGAUUGUACUAUAAUAGAAUAUCAAGUGCCAUUUACCAACCAUUUAUUGAAAUAUAAGAACUAAAUAACA